AUGGAUUAUAUCCAUAAAACACACAACGAGAUUCAACCCAGGGGCAUAUGUAACCCCAGAGGCCCGUAUAAGAAGUUGUUCAUUUAUUAUGCCGCAAUUGGAGGUUGCACCGCGCUUCUUCAAGGUCUGCUGGACAUCGGUGCUCCUGUCGACGAUCUUGAUCGUAAUAAACGAACACCUCUCUCUUGGGCCGCAGAGGAUGGUUCUCUCGGACCCACCAGAAUUCUGCUGAAGAACGGUGCCAAGGUUAAUUCCCUGGAUGAAAUGUACUGCUCGCCACUUACAUGGUGGAUCCAUGCCGGUAGUCCUCAAUACAAGGGUCUCGAAGCUAACAGAUUCAUGUCUUCAUUCGGCGAGGGAUUUAAGUCGGGACUGCUCGUCGCUUCCUAUGUGACAUAA